CUAAUCACUAUGGCAAUUGUCGAAACACGCGAAGAUUACGUUUAUCUCGCCAAGCUCGCUGAGCAGGCCGAGCGUUAUGAAGAAAUGGUGGAGAAUAUGAAAAAUGUCGCUUCUGCUGACCAAGAACUUACUGUUGAAGAACGCAAUCUCUUAUCUGUUGCAUACAAAAACGUGAUUGGUGCCCGAAGGGCUUCUUGGCGUAUUGUAUCCUCGAUUGAACAAAAAGAAGAAACGAAAGGAAACGAUGUUCAAGUUGGUUACAUCAAAGAAUAUCGUUCAAAGAUCGAGGAUGAAUUAACUAAGAUAUGUGAUGAUAUUUUGGAAGUAUUAGAUAAUCAUUUGAUUCCAUCUGCUGCAACUGGUGAAUCUAAAGUAUUUUAUCACAAAAUGAAAGGAGAUUAUCAUAGAUAUCUCGCUGAAUUCGCUACAGGAGAUAGACGUAAUCAAUCUGCUGACAAGUCCUUGGAUGCGUAUAAAGCUGCAAGUGAUGUUGCUGUCACUGAGCUUGCACCUACUCAUCCAAUUCGAUUGGGAUUAGCUCUUAACUUUUCUGUCUUCUAUUAUGAAAUUUUGAAUUCUCCCGACAGAGCCUGCCAUUUGGCUAAACAAGCAUUCGAUGACGCCAUUGCUGAAUUGGACACCCUUAGUGAAGAAAGUUACAAAGAUUCAACGUUAAUCAUGCAAUUAUUGAGAGAUAAUUUGACACUCUGGACAUCAGACUUGCCGGACAGCAAUGAUAAAGCAGAAGCCCCUAAAGAAGAUGAGACUACUGAACCAGCGGAAGCUGUUGUUGUUGUCGAUUAUACCCAUCAAAUCCUUGUUCGGGCAGACGAUGAAAAGCGCAAAGUCUCAGAUGAUUGCGAUCAUCGCUGCGAUUCAUCAUCCUUUGGUCAUUUUGCCGACUCUUGCCCUGAACCUGAAAGGUUAUGCUAUAACUGCAAGCAACCUGGCCACGAGGCUAACCAAUGCCCUCAACCUAGGACUGCCGACGCCAAACAGUGCUAUUCUUGCGGUGGCGUUGGUCACCUUCAAGCUGACUGUCCCUCCGUUCGUGUAAAUGGUAGCGGUAGUGCUGGUGGUCGUUGCUACAAUUGCGGAAGCCGGGGUCACCGUGGAUAUGGUGGUGGCGGUCGUGUUAUCUGCUACAAAUGUGGUGGAUUCAAUCAUUUCGCAAGAGAUUGCCAAGCUAAUGGUGUUAAAUGUUACAAUUGUGGACGCUUUGGUCAUAUCUCUCGUGACUGCCCUACUUCUCAAGGAUCAAGCGAUAAAUCUGUCAAGACAUGUUAUCGUUGCAGCGAACGCGGUCAUAUU